AUGUUUCCAUUCUUGGACAUACAGUUCAAGUGUAAGAGAACACAUGUCGUGCAAAGUAGCUCAAAUACCAAUCAUUGGGAAGAUUUGUUGCUACUAUACGACAGUAAUACAUUUGCAACUACAACAAUGAUUAGUUAUGGAACAUUUUUUUUAAGUUAUGGAGCUCUUUAUAUUCCUUCAUUUGGGAUAAUGAAAGCUUAUGCAACCGUUGAUCCAACAUUAAAAGAAUUACAAAAUGCCAUUGGAUUCUUUUUAAUAGCUUGGGCUAUUUUCAGUUUUUUCAUGCUUUUAUGUACUAUGAAAUCAGUCAUUUCUUUAUUUGUUUUAUUUGUAUUCAUUUUUUUCACAUUUUUUUUACAAGGUAUUGGGUUUUUACUUGAACAUCAUGGUUUAAUUAAAGCUGGUAAUGUUUUUGGAAUAUUGGUCACUGCUGCUGGUCUUUUUAAUGCUUGGGCUGGGGUUGCUACUAGUACUAAUUCAUAUUUUGUCAUUCCUAUCACUUGGUUAUCAAGACAUCACGGGAAGUAA